CAAAAUGACCCGACCGGGCCUGCGCGACAAUCGGUUUGAAGAAGAACUAGACGGACACUAUGAAGGCGCAUAUGGCAACGAUAGGGAAUACGUGCGCGGCGUCCCUGCGCCGCGUGGAGUCGGUCUUGCGCCCGUUGACCGUGACCGCGCACAAACGACAGGCCUGGCCAGGCGUCCGCUAGGGGGCUACGGCUUCGGCCCUGGGCUCGCCAUCACUAAUGAGGAGUUCUUUGCAAAAAUGGAUAAGGAGGUGCACUCAGCGUUCAGUGACAGCAACCUGUCCAAGCUGCGCAACUGCCUGAACCAGCAGGGUGAGGGCCUGGUCUGGCUCGAAGACUACAUGUUCUACAGCUACAAGAAGUUUGGCCGCGACGACGUGCGCAAGCUCCUUGGCAACGUGCUGGAGCCGAAGGCGCUCGUGGAGAUCGUGCUGCGUGCAUACGGGCCUGUGUUCGAGCGCAUGGACGCGGCUGCUGACAACGAGCCUAAGAAGAAGAAGCAGAAGGUCAAGGUCACCAAGGAGGGCAAGCGCCAGCUGCUCCUGGAGGAGGCGAAGAUGGUGGCUCCUGACGCCAUUGUCAAGGAUGGCCGCUUCCUGCCGCUGUGGAUCAAGACGAAGGUCCUGACGAAAGUGUGCUGGCUGAGCCAGUCAUACGCGCUUAUCUGCGGCAGUGCAGGCAUCAAGUGGAGCGACUUCAGCCACGCUUUCCGCGAGAAGGGAAGCAAGGGCGCGGGCCGGUACGACGUCUACGCGCUGCUGCGCGGCUGGUUGAAUGCCGUGAUUAUGGAGGUGACUGACAACAAGGACCUCGGCCUUGAGUUCAUUCACAUGGACCCCAAUGAGCCGGUGGCUAGUGCCGUCUGGGCCAAGCUGGAGAGCAUGGUGGAGACUUACACGACCAACUACCAGGCCGAGAGCGUCUGGGGCGGCGACUACAAACUGGCGGCCUUCGUGGCUCCCAAGGAGAAGCAGGAGGGCAUGACAGAGGCAGAGAAGCGCCAGGUGAUGAAGGACAACGCCAACGCCCUGCAUGUGCGCUGGUGGGCGUACGUGCAGUCCAAGAACCCGCCGCUGCUGGCGCGCAUGUACAACUUCGACAACGACCCUGCACCGGGCACAACUCCGGCGCCGUGCCUGGGGGGUGCCCCUACACCAGUGACAGGAGCGCAAGAGCAGCGGCAGGGGCAGGAGCCUGUGGGACCGGCGACUGCGGCAGGCGGCAACCUGACGGCACCAGCGGCUGGCGCUGCAGCAGCUGUGACUGGCGCCGAGGCAGCUGUGACUGGUGCUGCGGCAGCUGUGACUGGUGCUGCAGCAGCUGCAACUGGUGCUGCGGCAGCUGUGACUGGCGCUGCGGCGGCUGUGACUGGCGCUGAGGCACCUGUGACUGGUGCUGCGGCGGCUGUGACUGGUGCUGCGGCAGCUGCAACUGGCGCCGAGGCAGCUGUGACUGGUGCUGAGGCAGCUGGGCAGACUGGAAAUGAGGAGGCUGCUGGCAGGCGUCAGGGUGCCCGCCGGCGGCUGCCCGCCGUGCGCAGGACAUGAACAGGGAUGUAGGGCCAUGGCAUAAGGGAGGGUUAAGCAUCCAUGUGGCACAGACGGCUUGACAUGACCAGGGAUGCGGGGGUAAUGCACAAGGGAGGGUAGGCUUCCAGGUGGCACUGACGGCUUGACAUGACCAGGGAUGCAGGGGCAAUGCGCAAGGGAGGGUAGGCUUCCAGGUGGCACCGACGGCUUGACAUGACCAGGGAUGCAGGGGCAAUGCACAAGGGAGGGUAGGCUUUCAGGUGGCACCGACGGCUUGACAUGACCAGGGAUGCAGGGGCAAUGCACAAGGGAGGGUAGGCUUCCAGGUGGUACUGACGGCUUGACCUAGAGCAUGCGUCGCGGAGUGGCGAACAGGUGGUUAACACUGCUGUCUGAGGUAACAAUGCAGGUUACAUGAGUUGUAAGCGAUGACAAUG